UAGGAAGGUGAAGGUGGUGUCAUAGGAUUAGCUAAUGUCAAGGACCUGAUACCGUGCUUGGUCCUCAGUCAGUAGAUGCUCAAUGCAGUUGAUAUUCCAGAAAGCUUCAUUGAGGAAAUUUCUUCCUUCAUCUGAAUCUGAGGGAGAGGGUAAAGUUAGAGGCAGAACAUAUUUUACAAGGUAGCCCAGGUGGGUCUGUAGGUGACACAGGGAGUAGGCGCCGAAUGUUGCCUGAGAGUGACCAGCCAUGGAUGGACUCAUUUACAAUGAAGAGAACAUCAGACUCAGAAACAGAGCACCUGUCUGCCCUUUUAAAUGACGCUUGCUCUGUUGUGAAAGUGUCCCUUGAUUCAUGAAGCGUGCAUGUUAGAUGUGUCACAAAGCUACUUCAUGUCCAAAGAAAGGAUCCUAAAUACAUCUCUGAUGGAAUACUGGAAAAAAUAAAAAUUGUAAUUUCAAAUACAGUUGGCCCUCCAUAUCCACAUGUGCGUCCGUGCAUUCACAAUCAUGUAUGGAAAAUAUUAAAAAAAAAAAAAUUCUGGGCUAGGACAUCCCAGUCCCGGUUGGUCCUCCUCGCCUGCCACCGGUGCCACCAGUCCGUGCAGUCAGCCCAGUUAGCCCGGUCUGCACUGCCCACCGGCCAGCUGGUCUCCUACCGCAACCACGGAUGCCCUCAAGAAGUUGCAGAUGCUAAAGCUGGACAAGGAGAAUGCCAUCGACUGCGCUGAACAGGCCGAGGCCGCCAAGAAGCAAGCUGAGGACCGCAGCAAGCAGCUGGAGGAGGAGCAGCAGGCCCUCCAGAAGAAGCUGAAAGGGACGGAGGACGAGGUGGAAACGUAUUCUGAAUCAGUGAAGGAUGCCCAGGGGAAACUGCAGCAGGCUGAGAAGAGAGCCACCGAUGCCAGGGCAGAUGUGGCCUCCCUGAACCGCUGCAUUCAGCUGGUAGAGGAGGAGGUGGACCAGGCGCAGGAGCGCCUGGCUACAGCCCUGCAAAAGCUGGAGGAGGCUGACAAGGCAGCUGAUGAGAGUGAGAGAGGAAUGAAGGUCAUGGAAAACCGAGCUGUGAUGGAUGAGGAAAAGAUGGAGAUGCAGCUGAAGGAGGCCAAGCACAUCGCUGAGGAUUCAGACCGCAAAUAUGAGGAGGUGGCCAGGAUGAUCCUGGAAGGAGAGCUGGAGCACUCAGAAGUGACAGCUGAGGUGGCUGAGAGCCGGGAGGGGGAUCUUCGGACCAUGGACGAGGCCCUCAAGUCCCUGAUGGCCUCAGAGGAGGAGGAUUCCACCAAAGAAGAUAAAUAUGAAGAGGAGAUCAAACUGCUGGAGGAGAAGCUAAAGGAGGCUGUGACCCGAGCAGAGUUUGCCAAAAGAUCGGUGGCAAAGUUGGAGAAAACCAUUGAUGACCUGGAAGAGACCUUGGCCAGUGCCAAGGAGGAGAACGUGGAGAUUCACCAGACCCUCGACCAGACCCUGCUGGAGGCAGAGGGCUGGCCUCUGCCCCCAGCCAGGCUAUAGUUGCCAUGCCAACGAAUAAAACUGGUGUUACCAGCAAAAAAAAAAAAAAAAAUCCACAAAGUUCCAAAAAGCAAAACUUGAAUUUUUUCACCGCCAGCUAUUUACACAGUGUUUAUAUUAUAUUAGGUAUCAUAAGUAGUCUAAAGAUGAUUUAGUUUACAGGAGGAUGUGUGUAGGUUAUAUGCAAAUACUAUGUCAUUUUAUAAUAAUGGGCUUGAACAUCCAUGGAUUUUGGUAUCUGCUGGGUUGCUGGGUCCUGGAUCAAUCCCUCCCCCCAAACCCCCAUGCCGAGGGACAAGUGUCAACAGUAGGUACUUGUGUUUAUAAAGGAAAAGAAAAGACCAGACUGUAUCCUCUUGUCAUCUGGGUAUUCUUCUUU